CAACACUAAACCCAACUACGCAGUGCCCCUACAGUGUGACCGUAUGCUUGCAACUACAAAAUCCCUUUCUGGGUGGCAGCUCCAGCAGGCACAUGUGUUUCUCUGUAUUUACAAAAGAUUUCCCGAAAACAAUUCAAUAAUGGUCAAGGGCAAGAAGCCGUACAUUGACCGCAAGAAGGCGGUCACCUUCCAUUUGGUGCAUCGCAGUCAGCACGAUCCUCUGGUGACCGAUGAAAAUGCUCCGCAGAGGGUGCUCCUCGAGGCGGCGGCCCGCCAGCAGAAGCCCAAGGAGGAGGCACCAAGCACCAUUGAUCCCGAGAAGCGGCAGGAGGAGCUCAAGAAGUUUGGCAUCCACUUCGACGACGACUACGAUUACAUGCAGCAUCUGAAGAAGCGCGAGAACGACGUGGUUUGGGAGUUCAUGGAGAAUCCCAAUCAGGCGAGGAAACAGAAGCUGCAGGAUGCCGAGAAGGCGGGCCCGGCCCCCAAGCUAAUCCUGCCAAGCUCCGUGUUCGCCAGCGAGUUCGAGGAGUCCGAGGGCAUGCUCAACAAGGCGGCUCCGCAAACCCUGCGUCUCGACUGGGAUCCCGAUGUGGUGGCCGCGCUGGACAGCGAUUGCGAGAACGAGGAGCUGGAGGAUGACUUCGUGAUGCAGGCCAUGGCUGAGGGCUCCGAUGACGAGGACUGGGAUGGCGAAGAGGGCGACGAGGAGGAGCACUCCGACAUGGACUUCGAUUCCGAUGACCUAAACGAGGAGGAAGACGAGGACGAGCUGAUGGAUCGCCUGGCGCCGCUGAUGCGCGAACGUCGCUUCGACGAUGAGGAAGUCAAGUCGCGCUUCACGGAAUACUCCAUGUCCUCCAGCGUGAUCCGGCGUAACGAACAGCUCUCCUUGCUUGACGAUCGCUUUGAGAAGUUCUACGCCUCGUACGAUGAUCCGGAAUUGGGCGACCUGGCCCUGGAGGACAUCGAGGGCAACUGGCACCAAAAACAUCCCGUUGUGAUGCAGUGCUUCCAGGAGUUCAAGAAGAAGGACAAGAGCAUCGAGUACAACAAGGAGUGGGAUCGCGAGCGCAUCGAGAAGUAUCGCAAUGUGGUCGAAGGUGAGCAGGAUCCCACGGAGGAACUAGUGGACUACGAGGUGGACGACCCCAAGCAGAAAAAGUGGGACUGCGAGUCCAUCUUGUCCACCUACUCGAAUAUCUACAAUCACCCGAAGGUGAUCGACGAGCCCCGGCGCAGUCGUCGUUCCAGUGCCAGCACAAAUCCAGCUCCCAUCCAAAUCGAUCCCAAGACAGGACUCCCCACAAAUGUCCUCCGAAAUGGAGUCGAUGGCCAACUGACAGCCAAGGCCCUGGCCAAUCUGGCUGAUGAAUCAUCCGCUGCCACUGGACCAAAAUCACUAUGCGCCAAAUCGGUGCUCUCCACAUUGAGCGUUCUGUCCAUCAGGCCCAAGGACGAAACCCCCGAAGAGAAAAAGGAGCGGAAGCGACUGCUUAAGGACUAUCGCAACGAGCGCCGCAUCGAAAAGAAGGCCAACUCGGAGGCCUUCAAGGAGGAGAAGAAGCGUCUGACGCACGUGAAGAUCAACCAGCGAACCAACCAGCAAGGAGCCUCCAUUGUCUAGCUUAAGUUUCCGGCCCUUUUCUCUAGGCUUAAAUGUGAAAUGUAUACACGGGAGUAUAUAUUAAGUGAUAUCUAUAAACGAAGGAUUGGAUAAACCGACAAA